UCCGGUCACUACUGUGCCGUUUUGCUUUACGACAGUUGUGACAAACCAGAAGUGUCAACCGCUGGCUGCAGAGUUAUUUGGAGAAACAGGUGAUUUUCUUUAACCUGAAGGCAAACAAAAAAAGAAACGACCUGAGAUACAGCAGCCUGAUGACUGGCAUACACACCUGGCGAAGGAUAUGUCAAUAACCACGAUGCGAGAAUUAACACAUUUUCGACAGUUUUCUUCAAGGCCCAAGCUACCUAGCUAAGCUAACUUAGCCGGAAGCCAGCGAAGCCUGUUUGUUAGCUUUCAUCCUGGGAACAUGUUUUGAGUGCGAGCCGAAUUCGAUGUGACAUCUUUAAUUUUUUACCCUAAGCACCGUGGGUGCAGUCUUUAGACGCUGACUCGUAGCUGGGCUUCCAUUUAUACACGCGAUGUGGCUACAGCAAAGACUAAAGGGGCUACCGGGCUUGUUAUCAAGCAGCUGGGCGAGAAGACUCCUCAUAGGGCUGCUGCUCUUUCUCAUCUUCUACUGGUACUUGGGAGCGGAGCGCAGGUGGAGGCUCUUCAGCGGCUCGGCCAUGCCUGGUGGUUCGGCUGGACAGUGCCUACUGGCUGAAAUACACAGAUGGAAGUCUCUCGUAGACCGAGGAGAGGGAAUAUACAGCACACCUCAAGAAAAAGAAGACACACCUUUUGUAUCAGGUAACGGCCAUAUUCUGAUAGACACUGACUCUAACAAACUGUGGGUAGCAUCGUCUUCACAGCCCGGCUCGGCUCCGGUCCACCAGACUGAAUACUCACCGAGAGUCGGCGUCCAUCUGGAGGGGAAGCGGGCUGAAGCUCAGGCUAGCAUGCUGUGGUUCCGGAAAGGAGCCGUGCUGUUGGUCCGCUGUGCCUCACCAGCCGCCCUGCAGUCAGCCCGGGACUGUAUCACCAUCAGAGAGGAGUUUAUAGCGCACAGAAGCCGACCUAACGUCUAUCUCCAGCGAAUCCACAUUAACAAUCCGUCUGACAGAGCCGCCUCCUUGGACGUUUCCUCUGACAAUCCUUCCUUCGGUAGCAGGUUCUCCACCAGUGUGGAGAAACUGGAUGACAGAGAGAUAGUACUCUCCUCCGGCAGAGUGCCUGUGGAGAAUAACCGGAUGGUGCUGGUGGUGGUGGUCACCAAGAAGCUGAACAGCAGGAUCCAGGUCUCUGCUAAAUCAGAGUACACAGAUAACAUCCUGUCAGUGGUGUGGACCUCAGAGCCCAUUGAGUCUUCCAAACUGGAGGAGACCUUCAGCACCCUCAGAGAAGGAGCAAAAAAGGAAAUGGGGGAGCUGCUGAGGGCCAGCGUGGAUGAGCUGGUUGUAGAUCACCAGAAAGCCUGGAUGGACCUCUUCAUUUCAGGUGUUGAAAUGAGGAAGAUUACUGACUCCCACACACCAUCGAGCCGCACGGUGAACACUACCCUCUACUACAUCCUCUCCUCCUCAAUGGCUCCCCUGCUGGACCAAAGGCUGAGUAGCGAGGAGCGCGCUCGUCUCGAGUCCAGCCUCAACUAUGCUGACCAUUGUUUUAGCGGCCACGCCACCAUGCACGCAGAGAACCUGUGGCCCGAGCGGGUGAGCAGUGCCGCCCAGAUCCUGCAGCUGGUCACCCUGUGGACUCUCACUCUGCAGAAAAGAGGCUGCAAGGUGCUAGUAGCGGCAGGAGCCCACGGAGCAAUGCAGGGCAUGGUGCUCAGCUUUGGCGGCCUUCAGUUCACAGAGAACCACCUUCAGUUUCAGGCUGAUCCAGACGUGCUGCACAACAGCUAUGCCCUGAGAGGGAUCCACUACAACCAGGACCUCAUCAACCUGGCUGUGCUUCUGGACGUGGAGGGGAAGCCUUUUCUUCACUUGUCAGUGAAGCCACAGGAGAAGCCAGUGAAGCUGUACGCCUGUGAGGCCGGCUGCCUCAACGAGCCCGUGGAGCUAACAUCAGAGAUCAAAGGUCACACUUUCCCUGUGAUGGUGACUCAGCCCAUCACACCACUGCUCUACAUUUCCACAGACCUGCGCCACCUGCAGGACCUCCGCCACACCUUGCACCUUAAGGCUAUCCUGGCCCACGAGGAGCACAUGGCCAACAGGUACCCAGGCCUGCCAUUCCUCUUCUGGUUCAGCGUGGCCUCACUCAUAACACUAUUCCACCUUUUCCUCUUCAAGCUCAUAUACAACGAGUACUGUGGCCCCGGUGCUAAGCCCCUCUUCAGGAGCAAGGUCACCAGCAAAAGUGAGGAUGGCUGCUGUGACACCAGGAACACUGCUUGAAAACUACAGUUCUGUGCACGCAUUCAAGAUGUAGCACUGAUUCUGCUUGAGCUUUGGCAGCAUGGGAGAUAUUAACAUGGCUGUGCUGGUGCUGAAUCUAAAACGAGCUCAUGCAUUUUCUUCCCAUCAGCCCUCAAUGUGUCACAGCUUACUUUGAUAACUACAUGACUGCUUUUAAAAGGAAUGACAUCUAGAGUGGAGUGAUACUGCUCAGAGAUCUGCUGGUGAGAAGAUGUAGAGGCAUGUAGGUUAAAACUGGGCAUACACAGUCUAGAUCGUAAGUAUUUUGACAGUUACACAUUUUAUGUAUAACAUUUUUUGUUAUUCAGGCUCUGUGCUUCAGCACGUCAUUUGAAAUAACAAAUAGUGCCUAAAUUGCAAGGAUUCAAAGGUAAUUGGACACUUUACAAAAUGUUCCAUGGGCAGCUGUGUGUUGUUUCAACAUUAGUUCAUGCACCAUACAGCUCAAACGUGGCUCAGAGCUGAUUGAGGUGGAGUUGUCCAUCAGUCUGAUGCUUAAAGAGGUGACCAUGUAAGUGAAGAAGAUAAUAAUCGGGAAAAGUGUGGAGAAAAAAGGAACAGCUAAUGUCCCAAAGCCACCACCUCUGUCAGACGUGUGGUUAUGUUAUGGCUCCAGCAUGUAUGGCACCAAUAUACUCAACUAGCUGAGUCAGUCACCUGAUCUCAGUCCAACUGAGCUGCAUUCCACUUGCUGAAGACCUGACUAAAGGCAGAGAGACCCUACAACAAGAAAGAGCUGAAGGUGGCUGCAGUGAAGCUCUGGGAGAGCAUCACCAGGGAAGAUACAAAGAGUCUGCUGUCUAUGGGUCAAAGACCUCACUCAGUCACUGACUGCAAAGGAUUUUCCACUAAAUAUUAAAUAUGAUUAUUUUGUUUUAUUUCACGUGUAUCUACCCAUUACCUUUAACCUCUAAACUUUGUGCACUGUGAGUUUAAAGGGUUAUAUCUCCCACACAAUUCUUUCUAUAUUGAUGUAACCCUACUCAAAUAAAAGCUCACAUUUGGAACUUUUAUUUUAUUUCAAAUUGAAUUUGCUGAAGCACAUAACCUAAAGAACAAAAAGAGUGUAACCGUCCAAAUACUUAGUCUUGACUCUGUCAUUUUAAAACCAUCUGUCCAAAACCCAAAGAUACUGAGUUUAAUAUCAUACAAGCCUAAGAAACAGGAAAUAUUCACAUAGGAGAAACUGGAACAAGUGUACUAGAGAAAUGUCUACUAGAGAAACAUAGCGGAAUGUCCUAUUACACUGGCUACAUUUUGAAUUUCUGAUCUCAGUGGAAGCUCUGGAAGUUCUUAAGCAUUCAAAAUGUUAUGAAAAGAGUUAACCAGAGUCAUUUUUUCCAUAGAGCCAGUGAA